AAUUGUGCACAACAUAUUGUAAAAAUGAAAUCAAACUUGACAGAGAAAUGGAUAGUCUGUCGAGUCUGUUUAAAACAACCAAAAGAGACGAUGAACACUAUUUUUGACACCAACGACAACAAUGAUUUAACACAAAUGAUACUUGAAUGUGGCGGUGUACCAAUAAAAAAGUUUGAUCAUUAUCCGGAUAAGAUAUGUGGCAGAUGUCUACGUUAUUUACGUGUAGCAUAUAAAUUCCGUGUAAUGUGCCAACGUUCCCACAAACAUUUAAGUCGUUUCAUCGCGCCAGUUGUUGUGGAGCGGAUACCAAUCGACACAAAUGAUUUAAUAGCUGAAGAGUCAGACGCAAUGGAAUUGAAAAUGGAACCAGAUGCUAUAAUCAAUAUAAAAGAAGAACAAAAUGAACUUAUAGAUGAAGAAGAUAUUAUGGAUAUGUAUGAACCGCUUGAAAUUGAUAAUGUCGAAGAGUUCGAUGAAAUAGACAAUGUUGAUGAAUUUAUUGAUUGUGAAGAAAUCAAUAUUGUUGAAGCUGUCAUCACAGAAGAAACAGAGUACUUAGAUGAUAUUGUAAAAGCAGAAACAGAAGGCGAGGGACAAAUAGAAUAUGCGGGUAACACAUCAGAUGCAGAUUAUGUACCAAAUGAAAAAGUUAAACCAGAAAAACGCGGUAGGAAACCAAUCAAUAGAAAUGAUGAAAAUUCAUUGAAGGCAAGCACCAGUCGAGGUGUACAAAAAACAAAGACCACUAAAUCACCAAAAAGAGAACCAAAACGUAAAUACAAAUCAAAAGAAUGUAUACAAUACAUAUGUGAUAUAUGCGGUAAUAUAUAUCCUUCACAAGGACGACUUACAGAGCAUAUCAAAUUGCAUAAAGGAAUAAAACCUCAUGAUUGCGAAAUUUGUGGACAUGCAUUUGCGCAAACCCAGCAAUUGGCUAGGCAUAUGAAUACACACACGGGAAAUCGUCCGUAUAAAUGUAAUUAUUGUCCAGCAGCAUUUGCGGAUCUUUCAACAAGAAAUAAACAUCAUCGUAUACAUACCAAUGAGCGUCCAUAUGUCUGUGAUGUAUGUGGUAAAGCUUUUACCUAUACGAAUACGUUAAAAUUCCAUAAAAUGAUACAUACAGGCGAAAAACCGUUUGUUUGUGACAUUUGCGGAAAAGGUUUCCAACAAAGCUAUAAAUUGCGCAAUCACAAAGUAACGCAUGCUAAGAAAGGUGUUAGCAUAAAAAUUGAGAAAAUUGAAGUCGAUGAUUUGACAGGGUAUCAAGAGGAUAAGGAAGCUACAAGCCAACUUCUGGGAAUAUAAUUUUUUUUAAAUAAAUAAUUUAGUACAAUGUUUCUUUAUAUAUAUAUUCGGUAUAGUGUAUAUCAGUUAGUUUAAGCUUAUCUUUGCAAUACAUAGUCCAUAUUUCUAAAAUAGGUUUAGUUGGAAUAAUGCAUGAAUUUAUCUGUUUCGGUCGACGUUUUAUCGCUGCUGGCUCAGAUAAAAUUCUGACAACAACAAUACAAUAUAUAAAUUAAAGAACAAUAUAUAUAUAUGUAA